CGAGGCUCAGCAUCGUCCUGCGGAAGAAGCUCGGUCCUGAUGGCCGUGGAUGUGGGAAAAUCACCUUCUGAAGAGUCACUGAGCAGGAAGGCCGAGGGCGAUGGGACAUGGGACAGCGCAGACACGGAGACGGAUUUCCCGGAGCUGGCAGGGAGCCUGCACCAGCUUUUAGGGACAGAGGAAGCCAAGCCCAGCCUGCAAGGGACAGCGAGCGUGGCAGUGAGCAGACACGGUCACAUGGCCACUGGUGUUACCCAGGGAGGCUCAAGCUGCCACCCAGAAGUGUCUUCAGCAUCUGCACCCGGACUUCCCAGAGCAAGAGCAGGGAAAGGGGUGUUAGUGGAGAGAGCUGCUGUUGGUGGCCCUGUGCCUGGUCGAGGUGGCCGCUGGUUUGUCUCUUCAGAAGAACAGCAGGUGAAGGCAUUGGGCUGUUGGGACCCGGUGUCCAGCCCUCCCAGCCAGCGCAGCUCUGCCGGGGAGAACAUCCUUGCUGGCAGCCACCACGAUGCCCUUGUUGGCCGUCGGAGACAAAGUCUGGGAGCUCAAUCCCCGUGUCCUUCCACCCCAGAGCUCCUGCGGCCCCCAACCCCGCCCAGCCCCGAGAGCGCCCUGCGGAGCCGCUCCGUGCUGAGCCUCUCCGCUCUGUCUUCAGAAGGAAACGGUCCCUCCGAGGGGCCGUCCGGAAGCUUGCCUGCCAGCACGGAUGUCCCUUCUCCUGCGGCCACCGCGGCUGCCCAGGACCUGUGCUGCCGAGAGGGAGCGGAAGGCAAGGCCCUGCAGAGGCGGGAGCCCCCGGACCCUGUGCUUGAUUACCGCAGCACCGUGGGGCGCAUCCGGGAGAUUUCCUCCUACCAAGCGGAUUACUGGGCCUGUGCCAUUCCGGAUUCACUGCCCCCGUCUCCGGACCGCAGCUCACCCCACUGGAACCCCAACAAAGAGUACGAGGACUUGCUGGACUAUGCUUACCCGCUGAAGCCGAGGUACAGGCUGGGAAGGAUGCCGGAGCCUUUCCUCCAUGAUUCAGGAAUAGGUAUGGACAGCUUUUCUGCUUCUCCUGAGGGCGUGUCCAGGUCCACCAGCAUCUACAGCCGAGCUGGGCAGGCUCGGGGAAGCAGAGAAAAUGGACUUUGGGAGUUUGUGGCCUCUGCAGAGAGAUUCUCCACCCCAAGGGCUGGAAAAAGAGGCUGCUCAGGAGCUGGCUCUUACUAUGAACCUUUACCUAUUGCCAAAACAUCGUUUGCAAGGAGUGCUUCCUCUCAUCCUUCCAGAGGUUUUGCUACGGAUGUAAGGGUGGAAUCAUCUGGGCCAAGCUCACCUGGGCGCCCUGCUGCCGAUGGGAGAAGCUGGGAUACCAGAGGAACCCCCUGCCCAUACUACACAGAGCAGGUGAAAAACACCAGUUGGUUUUUACCCACUACAGGAGUGCUCCCCCUGAGAAAGGAGUGGGAGGGUGACGAAGAAUUUCUUUCCCUGCCUCCAAGACUGCAGGAGCUGGAAAGGUUGGCUCAAUUUUUGUCCAAUCUUUCCUUAACUAUAAGGAUACCCGGGCAUGACCACCAUAGCCUUCCACAUCACAGCACCAGCAAGCAGCCCCUUUCAUCCAGGAUGGCUCCUUUUGGAGAAGUGAGAGGCAGGAAUGACAGAGGGAACAUUGUGGAUUAUGCUGGGCUGUGGCAACACCACAGCUCCCAAAAGCCCAGCUGGGAAAACGCAGAAUCAUAUGGCUGGAUCCAUAGGGAUCCUCCCCAGGGGCUUUAUCUACCAACUGGUCUCAGGGACACACUGGAUGGGAUGUGCCUAAAUGAAGCACGGGUCAAGGGGCAUCCAAAGAAGAGCCAGCAGGAAGAGUCCCUUAUGCAGUGUGUUAAGAUGUUUUGCUGCCAGCUGGAAGAGCUGAUCCGUUGGCUGUACACUGUGGUGGAUGUCACCAGCAGCUGGGUGCCGCCCUCGCCGGAUGCUGAGAGCGUGUCGGCAUCGCUGCACCGCUACCUGGAGUUCAGGAAGGAUGUGGCUGACCACCGGAGCUUGACUGAGAGUGUGCUGAAGAGGGGGGAAGCUCUCCUGGACUGCAUGGCAUCGAAUUCACCAGCUCUGAAAGACACACUGGGUCUGAUUGCCAAGCAGUCGGAAGAGCUGGAAAGCCGUGCAGAGCUCCUGUACAAGUCCAUCCUGGCUGCUGUGGGCCCCGUGCGGGGCGAGGACGUGGGGCAGGACAAAGGGGGUGCAGCACACGGCUGCUCCCUGGGUGCUGCUUCUGUCAGACCUAGGCUGCGGUAGCCCAUCUCAGGAGGGCUGAGAAGAAUUGCAGCAAGCACCAAACCACCUCCAUCACCUCUCCAGAGAUGCCAAAAUCUGUGUCCAGUUACCCAC